AUGACGGGGUUGCUCAAGUGUCCGCCCAAUUUGCGGAGAUGUAUCAAUUGGGAUGAAUGGGCCAGACGGCCUUAUGGUGGGCCCGUGAGGUUCUACAUGUCAUCAUCAGCGACUGUCAACAUCUUUUCCCACUGGUCGCCACUGGUCAGCACCUUCGAGUUUGGGAGGAAGGUGCAGCCGCAUCUAUAUCAUGCCGUUUGGAAGCCCUUGCGACCUCGUGGGCGAAAAGGAAGCCCACAUCGACGGCCAACAAUUGAAUUUCCGCCAUCACCAGACCCCAAUGAGAACCUCGCGCACCAAGCUGCGAUAGAUGUAUUCCGGAUCCCACUAUCUGAAUCGGUCAACAAAGUCCGGCAGGAGCAGCGCCAGAUCAGCCGCUCGAAGCGUGGUGUUCGUGUCAGUCGACGUGUGCCGGCGAGAGAACCGAGAAUACGGGGCGAACCAAACCAAGAGGACACCCGGUACUCGUUGAUGCGAGUGUCCGGGUUUCCUGAACACCCAUACUGGGGUACUCUGCCAUCAACCAAGGGUUCGCCCUCAAAGACCAGGCCAAGCGAUGCGAAUGAAGGCAGGCACACCAAUAAAGAGCAUACGCCUGUUCGUAGGCGUAGCAGCCAGGCAACGUCCUCUCUGAAUCAAGUGCGCACACAGGUUACCUUAGAGUCGCAUGAUCGUGAGCGCAGGAGGCAUGUGUCGAGGAUUCAUGGCCGGGAUGCCAAGAAGAGGUAUGGCGUGUCAGAUCCGGCUGCUUGGGACGCAAUCAGCAGAACGCUUGCUCAGCAGCGCCGGUUGUCAUCCUUGACUAUACCCGAACAAGUUGUUCAGGAGGCGCUUCACCCGUCAGAUGUUCCUUCUCGGACGUCGAGCCAGCGGAGGACACUAAAACGCUUCACUAGGCAGCUAGAAAAAUACGCGCACGCGGAUGGUGCGACAGGGAAGUUUCCAGUCAUCACACCGACAGAGUCGGAUUCGAAAGUAUCGAUACAUACGGUCAAGCCGUUGUUACCCUACUUGAAGGAGUUCCAAGCUGCAGGAUUAGCUGUUACGUCCGAGGAGCAAGCACAAAGAUCUCCGCAUCGGCCAAGACAACCACGUUCACGACGUAAGCCCAGAACACCCAAACCUCCACGUACUCAGGAGCAGUUCGAUAUCAACCCAGACAGGCAGGAUAACACUUCCGACUUGUCAACUUCCUCCAGCUCGUGGUCCUACAUCGAGUUGAAUCCCCAAAACGGGCUAUCCCUUAUGUUAAUCGAGGAACUGCUACCGAACAAGCAGAGGUCCGAACGAAAUAAAUGCUUGCCAUGGUUGAGAAAAAGGUCCCCAGCGCAGCCGAAUGAGUCUCCACAGCGUACUGGUCCAAAGGUCGAAAUCAAUACGUCCCACAAGGACGCCUCUCCCACAAGAAUCUCGAGGAUCCCCAGUGUAGGACGUUCCAACAUCUUUGCCGUUCACCAUGAGCAUAAUGAUAUGGCAAGAGACGGAAAAUUUCCCGGUAGCAAACCACAUGUCAUCAAUCGCAGGGAAUGCAAUGCGCGACAUGUGCACCCGUCGAGGAAAACCAGCGCAGUCGCGAGAGCUGCGAACGAUGCGCGUCUUGUUCAAGAGCCUCGCAACCCUUCAUUUCGCAGUGAGAGGGAGUUGGGGCGGGCUUCACUCCCUUUUCCGGGGACAAUCGAAGAGGAUGAAGGUUUUGUUCGACGCCAUGUUCAACAGCCACAAAUCAAAGAGAACCUGCAGCGCCAUAUCGAACAGCCCGUUAUCGAACAGAUAUCUCCGGGCCAUAUUGGACAGGCACAGGGCGGACAUGGCUCUCCAGUUUAUGAAAUAUCAGAUGUGGAGGCAAAACCCUUGCCACGCCUGCCACAAGAGCCCCCGAAAGCAGCGGCUCAUUCCAUAUCUGAACUUCCUGACACGCGGAAGUCUUCUGUCAGCAAUACAUCAUCUCUGGAGCUGGCAUUGAAUCGUGUUUCUCAAGACACGAAUAAGGAGGAAGUGGAGGCAGGCAGGGACGCAAUUUGCAAAGAGCCAGUGGCCCAUGCUGCCUCGAUGACGGAAGCAAGCAAUGGACAAAGGCACCAGGAGCAACGGCCGCAGACAAAGCAACUCGACUCUGGUCUAGAAAAUUCUGUCUUCGCGUUCCUAGGACCAAAAAGUAAGCCCACAGGUGUUCGUAAGGCUCAGCAGGGGUUAGCAAUGUAUACCGGGGCGAGACCCACAGCUCCUGCUAAGAUCUCAGCUGAAUCUCCAGUAAAGGACAGCAGACCAGUCGUGCCUCAACCCAUGCGUCAAGCUCCCGUAAUACCGAUGAAAGAUCCACGCAGAACUGGAUCGGUCUCAGGCAAGCCCCCGAUGCCUUUGGAAGUAGCGUUGAGUGAUCUAGAUGUUUUCUUCGAUUAUGAUGACGGGGAUAUCAACGAUAAAGACGUUCUCAAGGGUCUUCAAAUUGCAGCUCGUGCAGCAGCAGACGAGACGUGUGAUGCGAUUAUACGGCAAAGGACAGGCUUGAGAAUACGACGGUUUCUGGCUGACCUGAAAUCUAUUGAUGAGGUUAAACUGGACCCCUCAGAUCAACGUGCGAGACAACGUCGCGCGGAGAGAAGGGCUAGAAGUCCAAAUGCGAAUGCAAGGAGACGAGCUCUUCGAUUGAAGACAUGA